AGAACAAUAAAAAAAUAUUAAACUCAAAAGUUACAUGGCUACUGGAAGUUAGCGGUCACUUUUUCGUUGCAUUUAUUCUUUUUUUAAUUACUAACUAAGUGAAAUUUCAAAAUGUAGGCGACAGUUUUUUUCCAUGCCCACCCGCUGUGAUGCUUCCGUGACCGGAUUUGUGCAUGGGUUCGGGUUUUUCCAGUCCGACCGGCCGGUCCGGUUUUUAUAACACAGAUAAUAAUAAUGAUCCUCGUGGACCUUUUGGAUAUUUGGUUAAGCCAUCUGGUUCAUUGGAAUUUUUAUAAGGACUUUUGUUUGGGAUUUGUGGCAUUGUUGUCUUGGACAUCCACAACAGACACAACCAUCCUUCUCGUCAAGCAAGACAGUGUAUGAAUUUUCUUUGAGUUUGUUUAUACAGAUUUGUUGGGUCCUUCCCCGAUUACUUCACAGAUGGGGAUUCGUUACUUUGAGUUGUUUAUUUAUCAUAUGACUCGUUACCCGUGGAUUUAUUUCCUUCAUCAAGAAGUCAAAAUUAUUAUCUUUCGCCCAACAGUUUGUUCAUAUAAUUGAGGCUCAGUUUGGGGAAACAUUUAAGACAAUCAUAUCAUGGAUGCAAGUUUAUCCACAAUCCAUUGUACUGUUGCUUGAGUUUUAUCGUUCCCAAGGUACUCAUUCACAGUUAUCUUGUCCAUGUCUGUCUCAUCCAUAAUGGGUUGGUUUAACGAAAGUAGUGGCAUGUAUUGAAGUUGACGCAAGCUCUCUUGUUUCACUCACAUGUUACUUCUGGGUUUUGGGUUGAAGAUGUCAAUACUGUGGUCUAUCUUAUUAAUUUUCAAAUCACUCAAUUGUUAGGUCAACAGUCCCCUUUUAAAAAUUGUUUGGAAGUUUUCUGGAUAAUUCAACUUUGCGAGUUUUUGGAUGCACUUGCUAUGUUUUAGUUCCUAAGAAGGAUCGAUUAGCGACUAAAAUAUUUAAAUUGGCUACCGCUCGUGACACAAGGGUUUCCUAUGUUAUGAUCCGACAGAUCGACCAAUGUGCAUUUCUUGCCAUGUGAUCUUUCUUGAGUGGGUCAUGUACUACCUAAAGGACUCGCAUAAUUGUACUUUGCUGAAUUUUCUGGUCUCUAUUCCUACCUUUGAAUCGUCUGAGGUUGUCCCUCCUAAUCCUACAGAACUUUCUUGUAUUGUAUGGCUUCUUAAUUCGCCCUGUGGUACCUCAUCCUUGUAAUUUCAUACCUCAUCUUUCUAUGUUUCCUCGUAAAGUGGGUUCAAAGUCACUCCAGACCCUCUUCUUUCUUCGUCCUCUGAUAGCACAAACUCCUCCUCUUCUCAUGCAAUGUCCAUGGAACCUUCCCAUGUAGCAAGUGUUGAAGCUCCAUCACACACACACACUCUCCUCCUUUAUUGGUUGGCCCGCAUUGUUCACCAUGCACUACACUCGACCAACCCCACGCUUCCUAUGUAUGAUUUUUUCGGGUUAUUCUUCCGAGUCUAUCCAUAUUCCUUCUCAUUAUUUCUUUUCUAAGGGAGAUCCUAGGUGGGAGGUAGCUAUGAACAUUGAAAUUCAUGCCUUAGAAGAAAACAAUAUAUGGGAUGUUGUCCGCGAGUUCCUAGUUUGCCAUUCAUUGGAUCUUGGUGGGUCUUUAGAGUUCAGCUCCACCCUGGUGGUUGCUUGGAUCAUUAUAUUGCACGAUUGGUAGCACAAGGGUUUAUUCACGAGUAUGGUAUUGAUUAUAAUGAAAUAUUUUCCACUAUUGCUAAGAUGCCAAAUGUUCGAGGUUUGUUUACCGUUGCUGCUAUGAAAAAUUGGCUAUUGGUUAACUUUGAUGUCAAUAAUGCCUUUCUUCAAGGGGAUUUGAAAGAAACCACCUACAUAGAGUCUCCUCCAGGUUACGCUAACGGUGUGGGGUUGGAUGUGAUACUCAAAUUACCUCGUUCUGUGUAUGGCUUGAAACAAGCGCCUUGUGCUUGUACAACUGCCAUGGAGAAAAACUUGAAGCUUAGUCGGGGAGUUGGUAAACUAUUGAAAGAUCAUACAUUCUACAAGAGUGUGUCUGGCAGUUUGAUUUAUCUUACUCAUACCGAAGCACAUAUCGUGUAUGCAGCUCAAGUAGUGAGCCAGAUCAUAGAAGUUGCACGGUCAACACAUCUGGAUAAUGUUAAGAGGUUAUUAUGAAAUAUAAAGCACACAUAAGAAGUUGGACUCUUCUUUCCAGCGGAUGGGAAGCCAGUGAUUGAGGCUUUUGCCGAUGCAGAAUAUGCAUGAUGCUUAGAUACAUGUCGUUUGACAUCACGAUGGUCCCUUCGCUUUGGUCGAUCAUUUAUCUCUUGGAGAUGUCGAAAUAAAAGCAAAGUCUCCAAGUCUUCUGCAGAGGUAGAAUAUAGAUCCAUGUCUGAGGCUAGUUCAUAGAUGGUUGUGACUUCAUGUGCGUCUUUAUGGAGAUAAUACAAGUGCUAUUCAGAUUGCACAAAAUCCAGUUCUUCAUGAUCGUAAAAAGCAAAUAGAAGUUCAUAUUCACUAUAUUCGUCAAAUGGUGGCAGAAGGAACUAUCCAGGUUAGUUACUUGUCAACAGAAGAUCAAAUUGCAGAUGUGUUGACCAAGCAUGUAUCUUCAAGCUGACAUUGGUUCAUGUCUUAAAAAAUGAUGUUAAUCACCCAACAUUAAUUUGAGGAGGGUGUUAAUUAUGUAUAGAUUAGGAACCAUAUUCUAAAUAUAAUUUGGACUUGUAGAUAUGAUUUCUUCUAGUAAACCAUAAGUAUACCCUGAUGUAUGUGGCUAAAUGGGUUAAGAAUUAUAAUCAUAAAACUUGAGAGGGAGAACCUUUUCGUGGCCUAGGGUCAUACUGACAAUACCACUUUUAAAAAACUUGGUUUCUUUCACCUUUUUUUUGUCAUAGAAACCCUUAAGGAUUAACCAGUUAAGCACAAGAUAGCCACAAUACAACGGUUUCUUCGCGAAAAGACAAUCAAAGGCUCAAAGCAAAUAUGAACAAUUGAAACGAACACUACAAGGACCAGAGUAGCGUAAGGCAUUGUGUGCCACGACAUGGGCAGUCCGAUUUGCUUCCCUAGGGGUAAAUACAACAGACACCAUAGGCAGGUCUUGUAACAUAAUGUUGACUUCUCGUAAGAUAGCUCCCACAUGAACAUCAUUGGCAUCAUGAGCCCUCAAUUGUUAUACAACUGCAAGAGCAUCGCUUGAGAGCACGAUGGGCCGAUCCCACCAUUGCCAUUGUUGAAGUAAAGAUAAUGCCUCUCUAAUAGCUAACACCUCCAUGACCUUAGGAUGAGAAAGGCCCGGGAAGAAACCACCCACAACAAAUACUGGUACACUCUGGUCGUAACCCACCAAGCCAAUUGUGCCAUGAGUCGGUGCCCUAGUCGCGCCAUCAACUGCAAUGCGGAAAGCUGUGUGAAGCGUAGAGCAGGGGGUCGACUGAGUAUAAGGUGGAGGCGGAUGGUACUUGAUGGGAAGGACAACAAGUUGGUGAGAGGCAUGGUGAGACAAGAGGUGACGGUACAAGGCAAUAGUGAUAAAUUGUGCAUAGGGUGGAAAGACAACAUUAUUCCGUCCUUUCCAAAUGCGCCAAAAAAAAAAAAGAGAACCCAAUUAAUUAUGGUGGCAUGAUCAUAAUGGAAUAUGAGUUGUCUCCAAAAGAUGGACAAAUGCGUGUUUGAAAAAAUUCCAAGAGGCAGUUGUAAGUUACACCCUUGGUGUAACACCACCGUUACACGAUAAUCAAGAAAUAAAUGUUCAAGCGAUUCACCAUCAUCCGAACCACAAACCGAGCAUGAGUUUUCCACCUGCACACCAUGUUGUCCAAGAUCCUCCCUGGCCGGAAGGAUGCGCAGUAAAAUUCGCCAAAGGAAAAACUUUAAUUUGGGAACAAGAGGGAGUCCCCAAAGUCGAGGUCAUAUAGCAGGAUUAAGAGGAGAAGCCAGAUCCGUUGAAUCAUGAGCCUGUGAGACUAGAGCCGAAGAAGUAGCCAAAUGAUAAGCAGAUUUCACCGCAAACAAACCAAAUGGAUCAAAAUGCCAUAUUAAUUUAUCCGAACAAAAGAUUUUCGGCAGG